UUGGCGGUGUUUUGUUUGCUUGGAAACAUUUGGCGGAGAGACGCUGCGACGCACAUCAAUAUUUGAGGCGUAAAUCAGUUUUAUUUUCAAGUCAUGUUUAUUGAAUAUAUUUCUCUGAGAUUUCCCCUGACUUGAACGUAUCGAGCCUUGUGAUUUGCCCGGAACGAGGCUCUGUUUGGGAAGGUUUCCCGGCGUCCUCCGGCCCCGCCUGGUAACGUCCCGUUACUAAACCCUCCGUUUAAGUGAUUCUGAUUGACGCUAACCAAGCCACUGUGACACAGUUCCCUUCACACUCUCAUCACAGCAUGCAAGCCGAAGUUGAAUUUCUACGAGAUCAAGUGCAGAGGUUGAACUCGGCUCUCAGCAAGUACCAGGAUGGCAGCCGCAAUCACAGCACCAUGGCAGCUCAGGCUAGCUGUCAUUUGGAGGAUCCAAGACCUGCCGAAUCCCCUGGCCUUUGGAUGUCGGAUAAAAGCAUCAUGGCUCCUCUGAUAGAGGAAUACGACAGACACAUGGAAGACAUGACUCAGCAGUUGCACAGACACCAGGCACAGAUGGCCGACGUAAAGGUCAAGUUGGAGAGGGUCAUCAAGGAGAACGAACGGCUGCAUGCUGAACUGCGGGAAUCGGUGGAAGGCCAGCUUCAAGCCCUGCCAGUGGCUCCAGGCCUUGAGAACAGUGGCUCCCUGGAGGAGGAGGGAGUCAUCAAGAACCUCCAGGAACAAAUGCAGCUCUCUGGGCAGGAGCGCGAGCAGGCCAUGGAGCUGUGGCAGACGGCGGUCCAGGAGCUGGACCGACUCCAACAGCUCUAUCAGAGGAGCGUGUCUGAGGGACAGGUCCACGGAGCCCAGCGGCAGCAGCUCAAGGACCAGCUUGUCCAAUUCCAACAGCACACCCAUAAUAUCCAAGUGGCCAAUCAAAAGCUGGAAUCUACGAACCAGCAGUUUGUGCGGACGCUGACGGAGCAGAGCACGGAGAUGGAGGAGCAACGCGGGCAGCUGAGGCAGACCAAAGUUGAGCUGAGGACAGCCACAAGCCGCGUGGAGGAGAUGACUAAACUGCUGCAGAACGUCCAAGAUCGUCUGCAGAGAAAAGAGGAAGAGGCGCGUGACGCUCAGGGUCGAGAGGACGCUGCGGAGAAGAGACUCCUGCAGCUCCAGUCAGCCCUGAGUCAGCUGGAGGCCAGGCUGAAGGCCGCGUCCCAGGAGGCGGAGGCGGUGCGCAGGGAGCAGGCGGUGUGGGAGAGGCAGGUGGGGGAGCUUCAGGGGCGCUGCGCCUCCCUGGAGGAGGAGCGCUACGACGUUUUGGCCAAAGUGCGCGAAAGCGUUCAGCUCGCAGAGGAGGCCUCGCUGCAGAAGGAGCAGGCCCACUUGAGGGAGAAGCAGAAGGUGGAGGAGCUGGAGAAAACAAAGGAGGUCAUUAAGCAGCUGAUUCAGGAUGCAGCCGUGCGCACCAGAAAGGAGGUGGAGAACGUGCGCAAGCAGUGCAACGUUCAGAUCCAGCGCAUGGCCGAGGAGCUGUCCGCCCUGCAGCUGGAGUGUGCGGACAAAGAGUCGCAGAUGGAGCGGGCCCAUCGAGAGAGGAAGGCGGUGGAGGAAGAGCUGGAGAAGGUGUACAAGGAGGGCCGGGCGGAGCCCGAGUUCAGGAAGAUAGAUGCGCUCCACCAGCGGUGUCUGGACGCAGACAGGAUGAGGGACGACAUGACUAUCACUCUGCAGAGCACUCAGAAUAAACUCAAAAAGUUGGACAUGGAGUACGGCGAGGAGCUGGCCCGCAGCCAGGAGGAGGUGCGGCGGCUGCAGGGCUCGCUGGCCGGCGCCCGGGACGAGUGCGUGGGCGUCAGCGAGGAGCGGCUGCAGCUGCAGCAGGAGAACCUGCAGCUCCGCAGGGAGAUGGACGAGCAGCGCAAGGCCAACCUGCUGGUGCAGAAAAGAGCCAAGCAACAGGUGUCCCAGAUGGAGCAGGAGUACAGCCAGAAGGAGCUGGGCCUGGACGCCCGCGUGCGGCAGCUCGAGGCCAGCAGCCGCAGCUCCAGCGACGACCUGACGCGCCUCCUCACAGCCCAGCAGCGCAGCUCCCAGCGCUGGAGGGAGGAGGCCAAGAAGCUGGCGCAGGCCUACGAGGCCAAGAUCGCCAACCUGCGGGCAGAGCUGGGGCGACAGAAGCAGCGCACUCAAGAGCUGGAGCUCCAGCUGGACGCAGACCACCAGACCAUCGCCGAGUACGAGAGACAGCUGGCAGAGUACCAGGAAAAAAGUGUCCGUCUUCAGAGACGGCUGACACAGGCGGAGCAGAGGGCGACCGUUGUCACCCAGCAGCUAAGCCUGCUGACAUCGCAGCGGAGGAAGACUUCAGCCACCUCGGAGCUGGAGACGGUAUGAUAUCGACUCGCCGAGAAGAAGGAAAAAAGAGAAACCAUUUUUACUGUUUUGUCUACAUGCCCUAUUUAUUGUAAUUUUGUAUCGCAGCAAAUGUUCAGCAACUUCACGUUGAUUAAUGACUUUAUAAAAUACUGUUGCCAUUUUUCCAUGUUUUUCCCUAAAGCUCGUUGCUAUCAUAAUGCCAAUGUUUUUCUGUUCUAUUAAAUGCACUUAGGCAGCAGUUUUUCUAACACAACUGGGGAAAAAAGGUGAUUGAAUAAUAAAAAAGUAUGAUAGUCAUCAUGACAA